CUCCUAGAAGAUGACUUCCAGUUCAUCCUUUGCGAGGGCUGCCGGCAGGAAUCGACCAGCCUCAAGCUCCUCCCCUGCCUCCACACCUUGUGCCUUGGUUGCCUGAGCAAGACCAAGCACAUUGGGCAGUGCUCCGUGUGCCAGAUGCCCAUCCCGCAGGCCAGCGGCAUUCCCGACAUGGACAACCUGCUCUUCACCAACCUGCAGGCCAGGCUCAAGGUCUACAAGAAGAUCAUGGGUGGAGUUGACUUGUUCUGUGACAACUGCAAGAAACCCGGUGAGUUCUGGUGCUGUGAGUGUGAGGAGUUCCUCUGCACCAAGUGCUCUGAAGCCCAUCAACGCUAUCUGGCAAGCCAUGAAGCCAAGAGGGUGAUGGACAUCAGGGCAGGGUCUGCUAAGGACUUCCUUGAGGGCACCCAGAAGACCAGUAACUUGUCCUGCUCCAACCCAACCCAUAAGAACCAAUCUGUAAG